GCCACCAUGACUGCUUGCAAUGCCUCACAGGGCCACCCUUCUUUCUUCAUUCUCCAAGGAAUUCCUGGCAUGGAGGACAAACACAGAUGGAUAUCUAUCCCCUUCUCCUCCAUGUAUUUCGUUAUGGUGCUUGGGAACUGCACCAUCCUCCUCACCAUCUCCACAGAGCGCUCCCUGCACAAACCCAUGUUCCUGCUCCUAUGUCUGUUGGCCCUCACAGACCUGGGCAUGUCUACAACCACCAUUCCCAAGGUGCUGUGCAUUUUCUGGUUUGGCCAGAGUGAGAUCAGCUAUGAAGGAUGCCUGGUUCAGCUGUUCUUCAUCCACUCCAUCUCUGCCAUGCAGUCAGCUGUCCUGAUGACCAUGGCCUUUGACCGCUAUGCGGCCAUCUGCAAGCCCUUGCGCUAUGCCACCAUCCUUUCCAAUAGUUGCACUGGACUCAUUGGCUUAGUGAGUUUGGUGAGAGCUAUCCUCUUUAUUCUCCCCAUGCCCAUCCUCCUUCAGCAAAUGCCCUAUCAUGCCAAUCGUGUCAUCCCCACCACCUACUGUGAGCACAUGGCUGUGGUGAAGAUGGUUUGUGUAGAUACUGCAGUCAACAGGAUAUAUGGCCUGGUGGUGGCCUUGUUGGUUGCUGGCUAGAUCUCAUAGCUAUUGCUUCAUCUUAUGUGCUAAUCAUCCAGGCUGUAAUGCGUCUCUCUUGUAAGUAAGCCCACCACAAAGCAGUCAACACCUGCACCACACACAUCUGUGUCAUGCUUAUUUCCUAUACUCCCUCACUUUUCUCUUUUCUCGCUCACCGCUUUGGCCAAGGCAUUCCACCCCAUGUCCACAUCAUUCUUGGCAACCUUUACUUCCUUGUACCUCCAAUGCUCAGUCCUAUAAUUUAUGGAGUGAAAACUAAGAAGUUCUGGGACAAAGUGACCAAAUAGGGUUGCUGGAAAAAAGAACCCACAACCACUGACCAUGGUCAGAAACUUGUCUGGUAAUCCAGCAGCUGUGAGUAUGAGGAAGGAAUGUUAAGUAGAUGCAAUUCCUGGGGGAAUCAGCUAGUGGUAGAAAUAUGUUAUGUUGGCAGAUUUAGCUGCCAAGAUGUUUAUCCUUGGUCAGAGAAGCUAAGGGACAGGAGACCUUCUUGAUCUCAGUAAUUCCAAAGCAAGGAAAUUAUCCCCACUGUGAAAUGAAAAUAAUGACAUCUGCUUUCUAUACUUGACAGAGGGGUUGGACAAAUUACAUGUUAUAAUGUCUGUAAAAGCAUUUUGAACAACACAUGCUGAACACACAUAAGAUGAGGUAGAAUGUUUCCAUAUGGA